AUGCCUAGGCCUAUUCUUCUUAUACCUAGAGGUGCAGCAGCAGCAGCAGCAGCAGCAGGUGCUGCAGCAGCAGGGGAGGAGGAGGAGGAGCAGCAGCAGGUGCUGCUGCAGGAAGGAUUCUGUCUUGUUUAUCUCCCCUUUAAUGAGGAUAUAGCGCAUGCAACAUUUGCUGCUGCUGCUGCUGCUGAGUGCUGCAGCGCAGCAGAGGUAGCAGCAAUGGAGAAAGUUAUAGAUAAUCUACAACUUUCUUUAUCUCCUCCUCCUCUUCCUCCUGCUGCUGCUGUUGAUGUUGCUGCUGCUGCUGCUGCUGCUGGCUGUCCUCCUGCUGCUGCUGCUGCUGCAUUUGCUCCUACUAGCAGCAGCUGCGGAUGUACAGACAGCGUUAUAUGCAUGCACAUGCAUCCUCUUUGCUCUGCUGCUGCUGCAGCACAACCAGCACAAGCCAACAGCAGCAGCAGCAGCAGCAGCAGCAGCAGCAGCAAAGUAUUCUCUUCUCCUAGCAACCCUACCUUUGUCCCUGCAGCAGCAAAAGCAUUUGCUGCUGCUGAUGGUAAAUUCAAUCCUUUGCUGCUGCCUAACCCCAAGACACAGGCAUUCCUUAGACUCCUUAGCAGCAAAAUACGUGCUGCUGCACAGCAGCAGCAGCAGCAGCAGCAGAAGGUGGAGCAGCAGCAGGAGCAGGAGCAGCAGCAGCAGCAGCAGGAGAGGAAGAAAGAAGGAGAGAAGGGAUACAAUGAGAUGAUUGAUGCAUUAGAUGAACUUUUUAUUCGUACACCAACUCCUGAGGCAGCAGCAGCAGCAGCAGCAGAAGCAGCAGCAGCUGCUGCUGCAGCAGUAGAAGGAGUAGGAGAUAUGGGCUCACCGCAUGCAUCAGCAGCAGCAGCAGCAGCAGCAGCAAAACAUAUGGGAGUAUUUGCUGAAGUUGCUGCUCUUUUUCCUCUUAUUGCUGAGGGCCCCUUAAGGGAUGGUCCUGCUGCUGCUGCUGCUGCUGCUGCUGCUGCUGCUGCUUCUCGAGAAGCAGCAGCAAAUGCAUUAACAGAAAAAAUUAAUAAAAAAGAAAAUGUGCUGCAGCUAAAAAGUGUUAAACUGCAGCAAGAUUUAGAUGCUGCAGAGACACCCCAAGCUGCUGCUGCUGCAUGCAAACAGCAGCAGGAGCAGCAGCAGCACAGUCAGCAGCAGCAGGAGACCCAGCAGGAGACCCAGCAGCAGGCGACGCAGCAACAACUCACCCAGAAACAAGACACCCAGCAGCAAGACACCCAGCAACAAGACACCCAGAUCGUGCAGCAGCAGCAGCAGCAGCAGCAGCAGCAGCAGCAAGUUAAUGGUGCAACAAUGCGUUAUUUAGUAAAGGCGAUGAUUUGCUUAGAGGCGCUAAGAGAUGGAUGUCUUAGGGAGGGGGAGGGGAAGGAAUUCAAUACUUUCUUGCUGCAGUUGCUGCUGCAGCAUCAGCAGCAGCAGCACGCAGCAGCAGCAACAACAACAACAGCAGCAGCAGCAACAACAGCAGCAGCAGGAGAUUUGCUGCAGAUAGGUAUAAAUUUAUUAUAUUAUUUAUUUCUUAUAAAAAGAAAAUUAUUAUUAAUUAAUAAAAAAGAAGAUAAUUAUAUAAAUAUACAACAAGAAGAAGCAGCAAAUAUAUAUAAUAAUAAUAAUAUACAUCUGCUGCAGCAGCUGCUGCUGCGCAUGCAGCAAGAGCAGCAAGAGCAGCAAGACCAAGGUCAGGAACAAGAGCAGCAGCAGCAAGAGCAGCAGCAGCAACAAUUAGAGAAGAAGCAGCAGCAAUUAGAGCAGGAGAAAGAGCAGCAACAACAACUGCUGCAGCAAGAGCAGCAGCAGCAACAGCAGCAACAGCAGCAGCAGCAGCAGCAGCAGCAGCAGCAAUUGCUGCAGCAAGAUCUUGAUGUAUUAGAUCUUAUUGAAUAA